AUGAAUUUGUCAGAUAUUAAAAGAUCAUCCAGUGUUGGCAAAUCAUUUAACACUCAGUCAACGUACUCCUCAAAAGGCUCAAAGAAAUUUACUUACUUUACUGAAACAAAGAGCAAAAAAAUUGAUAAAUCGAUUAAUGUUCCUUUAAACAGUUGGAGAGAGUUAUCCCUAUUCGAAUUGCUUGAUGAAGCAAUAGUUUUAUUAAAAGAAAAUAGAUCCACAAUUAAUGAUUAAUAAACUGUGUAAUUAGCAUUAAUAUCUAGUUUAAGAGAUUGAUUACGCAAUACCAAAACUUCAAAUAAACUAAUCAAAUGAAGCAAAUGCUAUUCUAAUAAAGAUCUAAAAUAAUUAAAAGUAACAUAGAAAAUAUAAUAUUGUCAUAAAACGACUUUUAAAGUUAUUUAGAAGGAGUAUAAAAAUGA